AUGAAUGGAACUACUGCAUUGAACACCGGUCCUCGACCAGGAGUUGUCGAAGAUCUUGACGCACUCAUUGUUGGUGCAGGCUUUGGUGGGGUCUAUCAACUUCGAAGGCUCCGCCAGGAAGGGCACAAAGUAAAAUUGAUUGACUUUGCGUCCGAUUACGGAGGUGUCUGGUACUGGAAUCGGUAUCCUGGUGCGCGCGUCGACAGUGCCAUUCCACUCUAUGAGUUUUCCGAUCCUGAGAUUUGGCGGGAUUGGUCAUGGAGCCAGCGAUUCCCAGGUUCCGCAGAGCUACGUGACUACUUUCAAUUCGUGGCUGAAAAAUGGGAUUUACGGCGAGACACAUAUUUCGACACGCGCGUGACCGCUGCAGAAUGGAACGUCAGUAACGCCAGAUGGUUGGUGACUACUGCGGACGGUAAACAAUUCAAAGUGAAACAAUUUCUCCUGAAUACUGGUUUUGCCGCAAAAAGGCACAUACCGGACUGGAACGGUAUCGAAAAGUUCCAAGGAACUUGGGUGCAUCCAUCUUAUUGGCCAAAGGAGGACCCGGAUCUACGAGGCAAGAAGGUCGCUAUCAUCGGCACUGGCUCUACUGGUGUUCAACUCGCCCAAGAAAUUAGCAAAGUGGCCCGGCAAUUUGUCCUCUUUCAGAGGACACCAAAUCUGGCUCUACCUAUGAAGCAAAUCGAGUACUUCGGGGAUGAACAGGCAUUCCCAAGAGACAAAUACCCCAAAUUCUUCGAAGAGAGAUUACGAAGUUUCGGAGGUCUCUCAUUCGAGUUCAUCAAUCGAGCCACGUUUGACGAUACUCCCGAGCAACGUCAAAACUUCUACCAACAACUUUGGGAUGAAGGCGACUUCCACUUCUGGCUAGCUGGAUACAAAGAUAUGCUCUUUAACUGGGAUGCUAACAGGGAAGCUUACAACUUCUGGCGCGACAAAGUUAGGGCAAAGAUCAGAGACCCUAAACUACAGGAAGUCCUAGCCCCAGAGGUGCAGCCUCAUGCAUUCGGAUGCAAGCGAAUAUCAUUAGAAAACGGGUAUUUCGAGAUUUUCAAUGAACCGAAUGUUAAUUUGGUGGAUGUCAAUUCAACUCCAGUGCUCGAGGUGACUGAAAAGGGCAUCAAGACGACCGAAAAGGAAUGGGAAUUUGACUACAUCAUCUCUGCUACAGGAUACGAUGCAUUUACCGGUGGUUUUAACGAAAUUGAUAUUCGUGGAAAAUUAGGACAGAGUCUCAAGGAUAAGUGGAAGCAAGGUGUUAGGACAUAUCUAGGCAUGGCAGUGUCUGGAUUCCCAAACCUAUUUUUCACCUAUGGGCCUCAAGCGCCGACGGCAUUGUGCAAUGGCCCAACUUGCGCCGAGUUGCAAGGCGAAUGGAUCGUUAAGUUGAUGAAUUACAUGCAGGGAAGAGGAUUGAAGUCGAUCGAGGCACACGAAGAGGCGGAAACAGAUUGGGCCCAAGGCGUCAAAACCAUUGCGAACACGUCGCUGUUGCCCACUACAAAAUCGUGGUAUAUGGGCGACAACAUCCCAGGGAAGAUCAGAGAGCCGCUGAUAUAUCUUGGGGGGGUUCCGACCUAUUACAAGACGCUGAAUGAGAGUGCUGAACACGAAUAUGAGGGAUUUCAACUGGAUUGA